AUGAGCCAAGCUCAAUCUGUCUUUAUAAAGUCCAAUCUCUCUUCUGUCUCAUAUCUCAGAUUCACAAUGCUUCCUUACCACACCCUUGAAGAAGCACAAGUUGCACUUGGCAGAGGACUAAGCCUUGCUGAGACACUCUGGUUCAAAUACUCUGCCAACAAAUCUGAUUUUGUGCUUCAUUGCCACAAUGCUCUAUUCUUGUGCUUAUUUUACUCUGCAGCUCCUCUUCCAUUCUUGUUGAUGGAGCUUAGUGGACACAAGAACCUAAGCAAACACAAGAUUCAGCCCAAGGUGAAGAGAACAUUCUGGGAAAUGUUCAACUGCUACAAGGAUGUCAUGUACACCUUUCUCAUUGCAGUUACUCCACUGCAGAUCAUUUCUUAUCCCACCAUAAAGUGGAUUGGGAUCAGAACGGGUUUGCCGUUGCCAUCAGGCUGGGAAUUAUUCUGGCAGCUGUUAGUUUACUUUAUCAUAGAAGAUUAUUUGAGUUAUUGGGUUCAUAGGUUGUUCCAUUGCAAAUGGGCCUAUGAGAAGAUCCACAAGGUUCAUCAUGAAUAUUCAGCACCAAUUGGGCUUUCGGCACCUUAUGCCCAUUGGGCCGAGAUAAUCAUAUUGGGUAUCCCCUCAUUUUUAGCCCCAGCACUAAUCCCAUGCCACAUUACAACCUAUUGGCUAUGGUUCAUUUUGCGACAGCUUGAAGCCAUUGAGAUUCAUAGCGGGUAUGAUUUUCCUUGGAGUCCUACAAAAUAUAUACCAUUUUAUGGAGGAUCAGCAUACCAUGACUAUCAUCACUAUGUUGGAGAAAAAAGUCAAAGCAACUUUGGCUCAAUAUUUACCUAUUGUGACUACAUUUAUGGAACUCAUAAGUAUUUACCAAUUUCAACCAUUUCAAAAUGGGAUGGAAUAAUGGCCUCAUAUAAUUGUGAUGAAAAUGAUUUCUUUUAA